AUGAGUCCACGAAACCAGAAGUCUUCACCGUCACACUCUGGACGGUCCCCUUCUCACUCCUCAGGGGCUGAGGAUGGCGGUUCCCGCUUCGCCUUUGUGACCGAGGGCACUUUAGCCGAAGCUCGCAGCCAUGCCAUGCGAGAGCAUUGGAGGCAGCGCCAACGGCGCAAGCAAAAAUCUGAAGAUCACCGAACCCAGAGGAAAAUCUUGCCUCACAGAAGUCCUGUGGAGGAUAGUAAACCCAAACCAAACGGCGCUUCUGAACCAGUAGUCGAGUAUCAUAGUACCGAGGAUGUCUUCCUGCUGCACCAGCCCAGUCCGACUCGUAUAAAAACUAGAUAUUCAGAUUAUGGCGAAGACAACAUCAAGGCCCAGUAUCCGGGUGUGCCAGAACAAGCCUUAACCGGACUCAACCACGCUCUAGCGUCUUCCAGGCUUGACCCCUUCGAGAUGUUCCCGGUGCAAUUGACAAGUAACCAUCACAAAUUGCUCCAUCACUGGCUGAUUACUCACGCGACUAUGAUGUUCGAAGACGUCGCUAUUCCGAGCUUUAACCCGAUGAAAGAUGUUUGGUUCCCUUUGGACCUCUCCAACGCUGCUUCUUUCUAUGGUAUAAUGGCCCACUCAGCGGCUCAUCUGGCUCAUCUCUACGCGGGGAUGAACCCUUCAAGAGGAACAAGCUCCACCGAUGCGUUGAAGUAUAAAUCUGAGGCAGUGCGCAUACUCUCUACAUGGAUGGCCGACCCAGAGAAAUCGCUGAGUAACGACGCAUUUGCUGCUGUUAUUCGGCUUUUAACAUUUGAGAGAGAUAUUGGGGGACGGAAGAGGAGUGGAUGGUGCACCGCACCGGCCUCCAAAGAAUGA